AGAGUUGUACUGUCCAAGAACAUUCGACGGGUGGAGCUGCUGGAAUGACACACAAGCAGGACAGGUAGCACGAACGCCUUGUCCACACUUUAUCCCUGGAUUUAACCCCGAUCGUCAAGCUUACAAAGUAUGUGAAGAAGAUGGACAGUGGUUACGUCACCCGAUGACCAAUAUGACUUGGUCAAACUAUACAACAUGCAUUGAUCAGGAAGAUUUUGUAUUCCGUCAACGCAUCAAUACGCUCUCUCUAGUGGGUUAUAGCAUCUCACUGGUGGCGCUAGUGAUUGCUUUAAUAAUAUUUUCCUAUUUUCGGACAUUGAAGUGCACAAGGACAACAAUUCACAAGCAUCUGUUUCUGUCAUUUAUCCUGUCCAACAUGCUUUGGGUGGUGUGGUACACAGCGGUGACCCAGAGACCCGUAGUAGCCAGCAAGAACAAAAUGACAUGUCGGAUCAUCCACGUGCUUGUUCGCUACCUUCUGGUAUGUAACUACAUGUGGAUGUUUUGUGAAGGCCUCUACUUACAUACAGUCCUAGCAGUUGCAUUCUUAGCCGAAGACAGGCUCAUCAAUUGGUUCUUCGGGAUUGGUUGGGGUUUCCCGCUGUUGUUGACAGUUCUGUACGCAGCUCUGAGGAUGUCUGCAGAUGAUGGAACAGAUCAAUGCUGGUUGGAAGACAGCACCUACGUUUGGAUUCUCAACGGGCCUGUCUGCGGAUCAUUAUUGGUAAACCUUUUGUUUUUAGUGAACAUUGUGAGGGUUCUGUUGACAAAGUUAAAUACGACCAACAGCGGACAUGGAAGAUCAGGGCAAACAAAGAAAGCUGUACGGGCAGUUCUUAUCCUAAUUCCUUUACUUGGAUUGCACUACCUACUGAUACCAUUCAGGCCUAGUACUGGCACUUUAGCUGAAAAAGUGUAUGACGUUAUUUCCGCAUUGUUUACUUCGUUUCAGGGCUUAUGUGUGGCACUCGUGUUUUGUUUCUGUAACAAUGAGGUGUUGACAGUUGUGAACAGGAAGUGGAGUGAUGUUCGUCUGAUGUCCAGACGGAAGAAAAGAUCUUCAUAUGCUGUAACUUCUGUGUCUUUCCUUCCCCGAAAUAGCCCAUCAGAUGUUGGAAGCCAGUUUGUUCUUUCUGAGCCACUCUUCCGGAUAUCCAGAGUUUGAAUAACAACUUCUGUUCUGUCUUAUUAAUUUCUUGAAAUUAUGUAGCUGAUUCAUUGUUACUGUGACAAACGUCUGUCUCCAUGUGAUGGCGUCAUAUCUGGCAUUAAGGAUAGUGUCGUCCCAAUAUUUUUACAAAUUUCCUACUCUAGGGAAAAACGAAAAAAAAUCACCAGGAUAUGAGUGUUAAUAUGGGCUAAUUUUAAUUAUAUGAAAGCGCAACAUUGUGUGUAAAAUUCUUUAUAGUAUUAAA